AUGAAGAUACCACCCGGUUUGGCUGUGUCACAACUAGGUUUGGUUUGUAAAUUGCAAAAAUCUCUAUAUGGGCUUAAGCAAGCAAGCAGGCAAUGGAACAUUAAGCUCACUCAGACUCUUGUGGAUGCUGGUUAUAAGCAGUUUUUUGAUGAUCAUUCACUCUUCAUCAAGAAACAAUCUGAAAGCUUCACUGCCAUUCUAGUAUAUGUUGAUGACUUGGUUUUAACCGGGAAUGACAUUGGUGAAAUUAAUUCCAUCAAGCAAGAUUUGGAUGACAAAUUCAAAAUAAAGGAUCUUGGUGAUCUCAAAUACUUCUUGAGAAUGGAAGUAGCACGCUCUAACUCUGGAAUUCACAUUUAUCAGCGGAAGUACACUAUGGACCUUCUCAGAGAUUUUGGUUAUCUAGAUUGCAAGCCUCUCUCUACUCCAUUUGAUUAUAGUCAGAAACUCUCAAAGGAAUCAGGUACCAUUUUAACAGACAACACUAUUUACAGACAGCUCAUCGGCCGACUCCUUUACCUCACAAACACUAGAUCCGAUAUCUCUUAUGCUGUGGGACGUUUGAGCCAAUUUUUGGACUGUGCAACCACUUCUCACCUACAGGCUGCUUUUCGUGUACUCCGAUAUUUAAAAGACCGACCUGCAACUGGUCUCUUCUUCUCCUCUACUUCUAAUUUGCAUCUCACUGGAUUUGCCGACGCUGACUGGGCUACCUGUGCCGAUACUCAUCGCUCCGUUUCUGGUUAUUGCUUCAUGCUUGGGAACUCGCUCAUUAGUUGGAAGAGUAAGAAGCAAACCACAGUUGCCAAGUCCUCUGCAUAA